AUGUAGCCAUAAUAAUUAAUAAGGAAUUCCAUUUCAUCAACACCUGAUAAAGUAAUAAUAUAAGAUACUAUAUAUGAAAUAAAAGAAUAAUUAGAUAGAAAUGACCAUAUUUAAGUAUAUUAAGCCUCAAAUAUAUUAACAAAAGAGGAGGUUUUGAUCAAAAUAAUAGAUACAUCUUAAACUGAAUAAGUUAAGAAAUAUUAAUUAAUGGCUUCAAAGAAAUUUAAAAAUGUAAUGAACAUAAUCAAGCUUGAAUUGACCAAGAACAAACUAUAUUUUGCAAUGGAAUUUAGUCAAAAUUCUUUAUUAUUUGAGUGUUAAGAAUAGUGUACAUCACAUUAAUAAAACAUAAGAUAUAUAAUUAGAUAAAUAGCUAAUGGAAUUAUGGAAUUACACAUUUUAGGAUUACCACAUAUGUAAAUAAAACUGAGUAAUAUUGUAAUCUAAACAUUAACCGAUGAAUUUAAUAAUAAAUAAAACAUUUAUAAGUUAUGUGAUUAUGGAUAGUUUAUAAAAAAACAAGAACUACUUCGAUUUUACAUUGAAACAUAGUAUUCAGCACCAGAAUUAAAAGAUAACAAUCAAAUGUUAAUUCAUCAAAAUAAAGUGGAUAUUUGGGCUUUUGGUAUUCUAUGUCUAGAAUUAUUUAAUUCGUUAGGUAACUAUUAUUGAUAAUUAGUGGGGAAAAAAAUGGAUGAAAUAACAUAAGAAGUAAUUUUUGAAUUAAUCCAAUAAAUUAAUUGUAGUUAAUAAUAUAAGUAACUCUUUUCAAACAUGCUUCAAAUUGAUUCAGAAAAGAGAUAUGAUAUUUAACAAGUAUUAGAAGAGCUUAAGCCAGAUCAUAAAACAAAAAAUACAUCUUUUAUCAACUAUAGCUAAUUACCAAUAAGAAGUUAAUAAAAUCUCAUAAAUCCAUUUCCAUUGAAUUUGAGAAAUUAGUUCUACUCAUAGUAGAUAGCAAAUUAAACUCCAAGAUAGUUCUCACAUAUUCAAUAAAUUGAAUAUGUUAGUAAUUUUAAUUAUACUUUCUCUUAAGAAUAAUUAAAAGAUCUGGGUAAUGGUUGA